CAGAGUCACCGGGUGCACCGAGCCGAGCCCGUAGCCAGGAGUGGACGCCGAACAUCGGCGCCAGAGCUUCCCCUCGCCGGCCAGGCCUCUCGGAGUCUUUGCCUGAGCCUCCGUCUUUCUACACGUCCCUGUGUCUGCCAGCUACCGCCGUGAUGAGUGAGCUCAACAGUAAGACACUCCCAGCCACCAACCAGGCUCCCAGCCCAGAGGAGAAAGGGAAGGCUAGAGGCGCCUCGAAGGUGGAGGAGGAGGAGGAGAUCGACAUUGACCUCACGGCCCCGGAGACCGAGAAGGCAGCCCUGGCCAUUCAGGGCAAGUUCCGACGCUUCCAGAAGAGGAAAAAGGAGCCUAGCUCUUGAGUGGCCCCAGCCAGCCUGCCCCUGCCCUUGCCUGCCUCUGCCUCUGCCAACCCUGUAGGUUACGCCCUCUGCAGCUGGAGCCCAGGGAGGGAAAGACUUCUAGCUGGGGUCCUCUUCUGCUCCCCCAAGUGGCAGAAAGGCUGCCAAGGAGGGAAAGAGGGACCUGGAGUGGGCUGGGGAGCCCAUGACUAUGUUCUCUGCAAUGCUCAGAGAUUUUUGGGGUCAAGACCUAGUGGUAUUGGGGUCCGCCAGGCCAGAUAGUUUCAUGCCCAGCAGUUUGGGGCCAUUUGGGUCCAUCAUGG